AUGGCGGAAUAUCCAUCAUUACCAAGUACUGCAUCGACGUCUUCUUCUAUAGCGGCAGGCUCGGGAUCAGCCUCUGCACCAGUUUCAUCAACUUCAUUCGGUACAGCUAAAUCAUCAAUAUCGCGUAAAAAACCACUAGGUUUAGAUAUAUCUAAAUCUAUAUUAAAACCCACCAGAGCUGCACCCGGAUUACCUUCAAAUGGGAAUGGGAUCACGCCAAAAGAUGGCAAUGGUAUCAUUGGUGGAGGUGGAUUCGUAUCUGAAGCAGAUAUGUUGCGAGAAGAAAUUGCGAAUCUACAACUAUCAUCUAAAUCAACUAAUUCAUCAUCUGGUCAUAGUUUAUCUUUAUCAUUACCUGAUUCGCCAAUAAACGCUAAUCACAGUGAUUCCUCUUCCACCACAAAUACAACGACAAAUAAAGAAGGUGGUUCUACGUCGACAUCGACAUCGACAUCUUCGUCGAAAAAAAAAGGAGAUAAAGAGAAGAAAAGAUCAAAACAUAAAGAUAAAGAUGGUGAAGAUUUGGUCAAAGAUGAAGAUUUAGAAAUUAUACAUGAUUUAGGUGCUGGUAAUGGCGGUACAGUGACCAAAGUCUGGAACAAGAAGAGGAAUUGCGUGAUGGCUAGGAAACUCAUAUUGGUAGACGCAAAACCAUCAGUGCGAAAACAGAUAUUGAGAGAGCUGCAAAUCAUGAAUGAUUGCAACUCGCCCUACAUCGUAGGGUACUACGGGUGUUUCCCUGUGGACGUACAUGUGGGAAUCGUGAUUGAAUUGAUGGAUGCUGGCUCUCUCAACGAUAUAUAUCGUCAUAACGGUCCAGUACCCAUUGAAGUGGUCGGAAAGGUUGCUGAAGCAGUCUUACAUGGCUUAAUGUAUCUGUAUGACGUGCACCGCAUUAUUCAUAGAGAUAUCAAGCCUUCGAAUAUCCUCGCCAAUACCAACGGAGAAAUCAAGAUUUGCGAUUUCGGUGUAUCGGGUGAAUUGAUCAACUCGAUUGCAAAUACCUUUGUGGGAACCAGUACUUAUAUGAGUCCCGAACGUAUUCAAGGUGCACCAUAUACCAUCAAAUCUGAUGUAUGGUCAUUAGGUAUUUCUUUGAUUGAAUUAGCAUUGGGAAGGUUCCCAUUCACCGAUAAUCAAGAUAAUGAGAAUGAUAAUGAGUUUGAAGCCUUGUCAGAUACGGAAGAAGAUCCUGGACCUGAACAUGACUUUGAUCCUGAUGCUACUUUACCAUUAUCCACACAAAGACCUAAAUUACCACCUGCAGAUACCACCAAGAAAGAAAGAAGGAAAUCAAAAGGCGUCAGUUUAGCUGGUGGUGGACAUACAAUGUCUAUCUUAGAUCUGUUACAACAUAUCGUCAAUGAACCUGCACCAAGAUUGACAAGUAGAAGAAAAACGUUCCCUCAAGAAGCAGUCACUUUCGUACAAGAUUGUCUGUACAAAGAUCCGGCUGAAAGGACAUCCCCUCAGGACCUUUUGGCGUCUGACUGGAUCGUCAAUUCAAAAGUAACGCAAUCCGAUCUGAAGACGUGGGCUUUGUCAACUGUUUCAGAGGAUUAA